GAGUCUGUGGAGUCGCAUCGUGCUGGAGAGCAAGAAGUGCGUGGAUGCAACCACUCUUGUGGAGAAAGGUGUUCACGCCGAGAAGAUCAUGAAUGAGUUCUUCAAGUCUAUGGUUGUCUGUGUCCCCAAGGAAGCCAACCAAGGCGAGGCUGAGUGUGACAUUGGUGACAUUUUCCCAGGCCACAACAGCCCUGACCACUUGCGCGAAUCCUUAAAGUCUCUGUUGGCCUGUGGCAAUGUCGCCACCUUAUGUUCAGACUUGGGCCAACUGAGCAAGGAGGAGGGUGUGAAUACAACCGAGACGGGUGAUGUAGUGAACCCAGCAAGUCUUACUGUGCGCAUCCGGAAGGUGCAAGCUCUGAUCACGGCCCACUUGAACAAGCGUUCCAGGGACCUCCAAUCUCAGUUGGCAGCUUGGUUAGACAAGCUGUGGCCUGCAGGUUACUCGUUGAAAUCCUAUGCUCCUGACACCUUGGAUGGUGGUGUUUGUUGGCGGCUUGAGCUGAUGAGUGCUUUGGGAAGCAUUCAGCAUUCAGCCUUCAUGUUACAUUACAAUGUCCUUCAAUUCAAUUCAAUUCAAUUAAAAUAUCACGACUGGUCCGGCUGGUUGGCUGACUUGCUUUUUGUUGAUGUAGUCAGGUCAUUUUGCUCCACGUGUUUUCUUGUCCCUCAAGGUGACAUUCGCCAGGCGGUCCGAGGGCCAGAUCCCAUCUUCGCUUGGUGCUUGCUUUGCUCCAGCCACAUCUGGAAUGAUGCCCCGAAAAUCCAUGAGGAGGUGUCAAAAGACCCUCAGCUUUCUGCCUUCCAGAGCGUCUUCAAUCUUUCCCUUUCCAUUUGGUCGAAGUUGGAGUCUGAGAAGAAGCCUGGUGAAGCGCCUGUGGAAGGACUCGCUGCUGAGAUUGUGCCCAAGAUUGAAGAGGUCCAAGCCCGCUUGCUGAAGCUACUCAACGAUGAGGGCAAGAAGUUUCUUGCAGAUGGAUUGGCAGCUGCUGUGUGCCCCAACGCUGAUGCCGGAACCUCUGAAGCCUUCAGGGCCUCCAUGGGCCAGAUGUUUGCCGCAGCCACUCCGGAACUGCAGUCUUGCCACCGCACUGUGUCCACAGCCUUUCAGAUUGCCCAGGACCAGGUGGAUGUUCCGAGGGAGGGUGACUUCACUGCCAUGUUGGAAAUCAUGCCGCGCCACGCCAAGGUGGUUUCUCUCAACCCCGAGUUUGCCCAAAUGCUGCCGACGCAGGUGCAAGAUGUGUGCAGCAAUAUCCAAGAGCAGGUGCGUGGCCGCUUGGCAGAGCUCAUUGAUGAGAUGAACGUGGAGCUUCAACAGUUCCGUUCACUGGCGUUGUGUGGCAACAUGAAGUUGCUGUUGGACAACGUCCAGGUGGCUCGCCGGGAUGUCUUGACGACCAUCAGUGUCAUGAUGGGCUGUGACGUCUUCUUGAACAAGAAGCAUGCCAAAGACCUCCCAGGGACAUUGGCCAAGGUUUUGCAUCACCUUGGGACAUUGGGCGUCACCAAGGCUGACAUUGGCAAGAUGAGCCCGAAACUUCUCUCUCAAAUGAAUGAACUGGAUGGAUCGCUGGAGAAGGAGAGGGGCAAGAAACGCCCAUCGGCCUCCCCUCGUGCGAAGGAGGUCGAAACUGCUCCGGCUCCGGCUCCUCCGAAGAAGCCAAAGGGUGAAAAGAAAGAGAAGAAGGAGAAGAGUGGCAAACGUCAGAAGAAGGACAAGGAAGACUGA